AUGGCGGCUCUAGUGAUGCAAGCCAUUUCCAUGUCACCAAAGUCUCUUCAUCAAAUCCAACUUCAACCCAUAUCUCCCCUUCUUACAAGUUUCGUACCACCACCAAAGCUAACAACAAAUGCUUCUAAGAAACGGGCAAUUCGGGCGUCCAUGGAUGGAUAUUCUUCCUCUUCUUCUACUACUGCUGUUGUGGACCCACCUAAACCCUUCUCAGGCAAAGCAGAGGCAGAUGUUGUGGUGAUUGGUAGUGGUAUUGGUGGAUUAUGCUGUGGUGCGCUUUUGGCUAGAUAUGGCUUGGAUGUUCUUGUUCUGGAAAGCCAUGAUCAGCCCGGAGGUGCUGCUCAUUCUUUUGAGAUUAAGAACUUCAAAUUUGAUUCUGGGCCGUCUCUCUUUUCUGGCCUCCAAUCAAGAGGUCCCCAGGCCAAUCCUCUCGCACAAAUACUUGAUGCAUUAGGCGAGUCGAUUCCCUGUAAGACUUAUGACUCGUGGAUGGUUUAUAUUCCUGAAGGUGAAUUUUUGUCACGCAUUGGGCCAACAGAGUUCUUCAAGGAUCUAGAGAAGUAUGCGGGUCUAGAGGCUGCAAGAGAAUGGAGAAAGCUUCUUGAUGCAAUACUACCAUUGUCUGCAGCUGCAAUGGCUCUGCCUCCUCUGUCUAUCCGUGGUGAUUGGGGUGUUCUUUCUACAGCUGGUGCUAGAUACGCGCCCUCUCUGCUGCAAUCUUUUGCUAAAAUGGGACCUAAGGGAGCCUUUGGCGCCACCAAACUUCUAAGACCUUUCUCAGAGGUUCUCGACUCCUUGGAAGUGAAGGAUCCCUUUGUCAGGAAUUGGGUGGAUCUUCUGGCUUUCUUGCUUGCAGGGGUGAAAUCAAAUGGCAUCCUCUCAGCUGAAAUGAUUUACAUGUUCUCGGAGUGGUACAAGCCAGGUUGCUGUCUAGAAUAUCCUCUUCAUGGAAGUGGGGCAGUUAUUGAUGCUCUUAUUAGGGGAUUACAGAAAUUCGGGGGCCGGAUCUCUCUAAGAAGUCAUGUGCAAGCUGUUGUUGUUGAAGGAGGCCAAGCUGUGGGUGUGAAGCUGAAAAAUGGCCAAUUUGUGCGUGCUAGGAAGGCUGUUGUCAGCAAUGCAUCUAUGUGGGACACACUGAAGCUGCUGCCUAAGGAAUUUGUUCCAAAAUCCUACGAGGACAGAAUAAACAAAACCCCCCAAUGUGAAUCAUUCAUGCACCUGCAUUUAGGUUUUGAUGCAGAGGGUCUACCAGAGGAUCUUGGCAUUCAUCACAUAGUUGUGAAUGAGUGGGAAAGAGGAGUUGAUGCUGAUCAGAAUGUUGUUUUGAUAUCCAUACCAAGCGUCCUUAGUCCUGACCUUGCCCCACCUGGGAAGCAUGUCUUACAUGCCUAUACCCCUGGAACUGAACCUUUCGGGCUUUGGGAGGGUCUUGAUAGGAGAAGCAGCGAGUAUAAAGACCUCAAAGCUAAACGAUCUGAGGUUAUGUGGAAGGCUGUGGAACGUGUGCUUGGUCCAGGUUUUAACCGUGACAAAUGUGAGGUAAAAUUAGUUGGAACUCCAUUGACACACCAAAGGUUUCUUAGGAGGAAUAGAGGGACAUAUGGACCAGCUAUAGAAGCUGGUAAAGGCACAUUUCCAGGGCAUUCGACACCCAUCCCGGGACUCUUCUGCUGUGGGGAUUCCACUUUCCCGGGCAUUGGGGUCCCUGCAGUGGCUGCUAGCGGCGCCAUCGUCGCCAAUUCGCUCGUUUCUGUGUCUCAGCACUCUCAGCUUCUUGAUGCUGUAGGAAUAUGA